AUGGAAUUCAAGGACUUAUUUAAGAAAAGCAUGGAUGAGCCGGUGUCUUAUGGAACGGCCGGGUACAGAACAAAGCACAUGGUUAUAAAAGAUAUAGCACGCAGGGCAUAUCUUUUCUGCCUUGUGCGCUCUUCUGCUCUAGGAAAGCCAAUAGGGCUGGUGCUGACCGCGUCCCACAAUCCGUCCCCAGACAACGGGAUAAAAUACAUUGACCACACAGGAAACAUGAUAUGCGAAGAAGACGAGGCGCUUAGCGACAAAAUAGUGAACGGCCCCAUCGAGCUUGUGGAGAGCAUUUAUCAGAGCCACAAAAACGCGCGCAGCACCGUUCUUAUAUGCAGAGACACGAGAAGCAGCGGAGAGGGCAUGGUUGAGCACUGCAAAGACGUAAGCGAGUAUUUAGGGAGUGGGCACACUCUUCUAGACAUGGGCAUUUUAAGCACGCCGCAGGCCCACUUUUUAAUACGCGACAUGUUCUGCAAUGGCAUUUCAAACGAAAAGUGCACGCUAGAACUUCUGCAGAAGAGCAUAGAGAAGUACUACCAAAGAAUAGAAAAUAUGUGCAAAGUUGCCAAAAGAAUAUUUUCAGAAGAGCCCAAGCAGAAGCGGGUGCUGGACAGCUCAAACGGGGUAGCCCGGCACAGCUUUGAAAGAAUACAGAAGUCUGUGUCUAGCAUAGUAGAAAUGCGCCUGCUCAAGAACAGCAAAGACCUGAAUGAAGAAUGCGGGUCGGACUAUAUAAAAAGCACAAGAAAGCUGCCGGCAGGCGUUUCUGUGCAGAAAGACGGGGCUUCUGAAAAACCAAGCGUGUCUAUCUCUACGGAAGGCGGCGAGGUGUGCGAAGAUACUCUUAUAUGCGCGUUUGACGGGGAUGCAGACAGAAUUCUCUACCUUAAGCCGUCAACCAACCAGCUGAUUGACGGGGACAGGCUGUGUGUUCUUUUUGCAGCCUUUUUGAACCAUCUCCUGCUAAUAUCUGGAAUCGAUGAAAAGAUCACGACAGUUGUAACAGAAUACACAAACGGGGCUGCGACAAAAGAGCUCAAAACCAAGGGAAGCAUAAAAGUUGCCGGAACCGGGGUAAAAAACAUGCAGAAGGCCUCGAAUAACGACGUCACCGCAUGGUUUGAAAGCAACGGGCACGGGACGGUCUGUUUUUCCGAGAAGACAUGCGCUGCUGUAAAGGAGAAGCUAGGAUAUUCCCUGGCGGAGUGCAUCUUGGACCUGCAGCCCGAAAAGCUAGCCGAGGAGAUGGAUGCCCUGCUUAGCCGGCCUUCAGACUCGCUGUCGUACAAAGAGAUAGGGAAAAGCUCCCCAUACAAUGGGCUUUUCCGAAGGCUAACCACGCAAGAGGCGCUUUUGCUGCUGCACUCUAUGAACGCAGCAUUUGACCCUUAUAUUGGUGAUGCGCUUGUGAACAUGCUUGUGUGCGAGUGCAUAUUCUACAGCGGGUUUAUACUUCCAGAUGUUCUUUUGGGGAUAUACCAGGAUCUUCCUAACAUUCUGACGUCUGUGGAGGGAAAACGAGACAGGCUGAACGAGCUGUUGGUUGAAAGCAUAAAAAACAAGCAUUCCAGCAUACGGGUGCACCUGAGAGCUUCUGGAACCGAAGACAUCAUACGAAUAUAUGUGGAGGGCGAGUCGAUGGAUGAGCUAAAAGAUGCAGUGGAGGACAUUAAAACUUCAAUAAGCGAGCUGUAG